UCAUCUAUUGAAUUUCCAAAUUAUCGUGCUCCCACAUUUCAGUGCUUCGAAUAGGUAAUCAAUUCAAUUGUUUCCUUAUCGUUUCUGGAGUGUUCUGUGACGAAAUAGCUUUUCCUUCAAUUUUUAACGAUAAGGAAAAUGGAAUACUUUUCCAUCGAAUAAUUUUAUAACAACAAUGGAUUUGAUUCGUUACUGAUAUGAUCGAACCUGGUGCAAUUGGAAAAGAACCACAGAACCAUUGACCCGGAUAGCAGCACCAUCAAGAGAGAGAAUCGAUAUUCUUCCACAAGUAUUACUUUCCACCUAGAAGUCACCGAUGCGUCCUGCAGCCAUUGUAACGUUAUAACGCCAUCCAAGUGUGGAGAGACUGGUGAAACGAACUCCGACGAUCUCUUGUGAGACAGGCGAAGACGUUAAACCCAAGCCGGAGUCAGUUUUCGAUCGCGACACGGUCUGAACGCACCUACCUGCUGCUGUGAUCACAAUUCAGUGCCUCGCGUCGCGCCGAACAGGUAGUUGGUGAACUCUGUGCUCGACGUUUACUAGUUUUUACCGUUCUAUGACCGUGUGAAUGACAUGGAGGAUGUCGCUAUCGGCGAUUGGCCAACGGAUUGGCCCGGCCAGACCCUGGAUCUGAACGGGAGCAACUCCUGGCUGCCUGCCUAUGGCUUCCAGACGCCUUCAGCCCUGCUGGAAAGGGAUGACUUCAUCGGCAGCCCAGAUGCGGAGUACUUCUUUCAAGGAAGCUGUGGUUCCCACUACAUGUAUCUCGAGACCAUCCAAGAAGAAACGUCAGAUGAUCUCCAAUCUGACAGCGAUGUCUCAGAAGCUAGAACCUCACCGGUAGGUUGGUUGGCGACAGAUUCUGAAGCUGGUUCAGUAAUAUGCGUCGAUAAAGAUUCUGCCGACUGUGAGUCCGACCGUGAGGCCGCCUGUCCUGCCAAACGCCGCAAACAGGACAACAACUACCUCACGAUCAACCUGGACGACGAUUGCCAGUCCAUCAGCCGCUCUAGCAGUCUUCUCCAAUUCGAGACCCUCGAGAAACAAUGCCAAGAGACCUGCAACAGCUCUCCCAGCGUCUAUUCCCAGUUUAGCUUCGACUCGCUAGACGUCCAGCCUCGAUCUAACCUCAGUCCCGACAGCUUGGACCGAGUCCAGAGCGACUGCGAACAAGAGUGCGACUACUACAAGGCCCUCAAGAUCGACGUGCCCAGAAAGAAGGAAAACAAGUCUUUCUACAAUGCCACCCAGCGUUUUGGAGGCUCAGACAGCAGCGACAGCGACGGCACCUUGGGAGGCUCGAGAUCCUACGACAACCUACGCAACUGGAGGAGCUUCGACAGCCUGCCCACCCUGACCGUAUCUCCGCCAAAGACCAAAGACGAGGUCUCCGUGGAGAACCUCAGCGAGGACAGCGGUUACAGCGACAAGUCGCCGACCGACAUGAAGACGUCGUUCGGCAAGACGCAGCACGUCGACUUCGACGCCUACGACGGCGAAGGCUUCCAAAGCUUCUCCGGAAACUUCGGCACCAGCUACCAGGACCUCAGCGUCUUCGACAAGUACGACGUCCUGGAGAGCCACACCAGCCCGCUGAUCGAACGUUUUAUGCGACGUCGCGGCGUCCGAGAGGCGACUGUGACGAAAAACGUAAAAUUAGAAAAGUCGCCGGAAUGCGGACUGGCGUCUAAUUUUAACGCGGCGUCCGCGAGUGAACCCAACCUGCCGGCCUCAGUCGAGAGUUCGCAGUCCGUGGAGAAGCUACACCAGAAGGAGGCCUUCUUGGACGGUAGAACGUGCGCCUGCAGCAGUGUCCCCAAAGACUUGAACCUGGCCAGAUGGCGAUUCGAUGACCGCGUCGAGACGUCCGUGGCAGCCAAGAACUUCGACAUAGCCGACUUGAACGUCGAAACCAGUGAAAGUGUUAAAAAUUCCAGUUGCAACAGCAGCAACUUGUCGGAACUGUUGAGUUUGGAUCCAGCGGAGAUGUCGUCGUUUAGAAGGGAGGGCAGCUACGCCGAGGCCAUGGCCAACAGGGUGGAUUUGAGCGACGACGAGAACAGCUUGAUCGUCAAGAAACCCAUACUGAAACGACCCAGAAACACCAUGGAGGAGUUUGAGAGGAAGGUGCUCAAGGCCAUAUCGGAGCAGAGCGUUCAAAGCGUCGGUAAGAGUGUUUCUGACCUAGUGAGCGAACCCAAGGUGUUUCCUUCGAGUCCUGUUGCCAAUUCUAUCGGUAGACAGAACCGAUGUUUCACCAGCACGCCAAACGUGUCGGCUUUGACGCGUCAAACUUUGAGCAAUUUCGAGCAGGACGAGCGUAGGCGUUCCUGCUACGACGUCAGGAGGAAGAACUCCUUGAUCAACGGAAGUACCAGCACCAGCGGCGUUUCCGAUUUCGACGAUAAGACCAUAACGUCGGCUAAAUCUUUAGGGGAGACUUCUUCGAAGGGUGUUCAUUUUAACCCGCUGGUCGACGAGGUGAAUUGGAACGACGAUUCCGAAUCCUCUGGGACAGCAGAACGGGAGUCCAGUUACAGUUUACGCAGCAGCCCGGAGCGCGAGUUGACACCUGUUGAACGCAAGAACUCCAGGUCUCCGGAACCCGGAAGGAUGUCGUACAGCCAGCCGGAUCUGCAUCUCCGGGACGAGAAGCUCGACUUCAUACAAUCGCUGAGAUGUUUCCAAGGCGAUUUGGCGAAAAGUCAGCCGGAAAUAAGCCACCAUAAGUUGAAGCGUCGCGGCAGUCAGCUGAUGAAGAAAGACAACGAUGGCUGUCUGAUAAAGGCGUACAUAGACGGGGAUGGUAUACAGUACAAACACACCCAUCUGGACCUGGACAAUGUUUACGGUAACAAGCCUCCCACUACCGGCACGGCGUCGAGUCACGUGCACGGCACCAGCAACAACACCGAAAGCGUGCGUUCGAAGUCAGUUGUCGUCGGCAUGGCGGAGAAAGCGGGAGACCGGAAAGGCGGCAAGUUCGGCGGGUUCUUUUCUCGACUGGCGAGUUUCAGGUUUAGCGCGCGCAAAGAUGCGAAGAAGAAGACGAACGGCGACGCCGCCGCCAAAGACGUCCUGACGUUCGCGCCGCAAAUGCGCCAGGCCACUAAAGAAGACUACAUCUACAUCCCUCUAAAAGGACCCACGUCAGGCGAAGCGAAAAGCGGGAAAAACGGAAGGGUAAGCGGGAAACCUCCGGUGCCGCGCGCGCCCCCUAGGGUGGUAGGCGCAAGCGUCAAGAGGGCGGCCGCCGCCACCGUCGGGACGCAGGGUGGCGGUGGCGUUGAAUCGCACGAGAGGCGGCGGAGGAAGACUAUUGAUUCAGGGUCUCGGCCCAUGGAGCCCAUGGGGCUUAUUGAAACCGACCUGGACACUCAGGUGACGGUCGUAACGGACGGUGCGGAUGUGAAAACGCGUAGUUUGUUGAACCUGGGGGCGGCGGUCCAGCCGAGGUUGCAGCUCUCGGUGGCGGCGCCCAAGGAGGCGCACAGACCGCACAAGUCGAUGGAGUUCCUGUUGGACAAGGAGAACAUCAAAGUUGUCGAGCCACCAGAAAAUGAACUUCAGAAAGGAGAACGGGUAAUGUCAGAACACCAGCUCAGGGUUCAGCGUUCCCUACAAAAACUCACCAUUCCCGAUUGGUACAAACAAUCCCAGAUACCGCAGGAAGGAUUCCUCCUCAAGAAACACCAAAACCGUGAAACUAGAUGGACCGGUACCGGAAGUCGCACCACCUCCCUCAGUAGCCUAGGAUCAGUCAACCAAUCGCCAAUCAUCCUCAGCCCCACCCCACAGAGCCAGCCCUUUGUCCGGUGGUCGACAUCCAAGCUGAACUCGACAGCGUCUUCACCAUGUGCCUCAACAAGAAGUAGUUUCAACACGAGACAGGCCAACGGAUCUCUGUCACCCUCGUCGGUUAGGAGUAGUUUUAGUUAUAGGCAACCUUACCUGGGCUGGAGGUCGCAGGAGAGGCUCACCAAACCCAGAACGCCGGCCGAGAGACUUGCCAACACCCUGCUUCCGCAGAACAACCAUCACCAACAGCUCAACCCUGACAUCCAGUCCUCCAUCAAAGAAGUCACGUCAGCCAUUGUCCACUACGUCAGCGGAUUGAAGCCAGAGGAGAACCGACCUUCCAGCUAUGACAGUCAAGACACGGCUAGCCAAAGAAGCUCCUCUGUCAGUCCUAGAGGUAGCCAGAAGUUGUGUUGGUUGGAAAGUUCUUUCGUAGGGACUAAACCCUUGGAUUCUCCCCAGACUCCUGUAACACUUUCAGAGAGCUCGAAUCCUGGUCAUCAUUCGAGUCUAAGAUUGGAGCUCCAUAAUCACAAUGAUAUAUCUUUGAGAGCUACGAACGCAACCAAACCAUCUCCUGGUUCAACAACGCUGGAGGACGUUUUAGAUUCCCUUCUAGGAUUGCCAUCGUCAACAAGGGCGCCAAGUCCUAGUCUCCAAGAGACGGUGUCAGCUAAUACAAGUCCUAACCACAAGAAAUCGGAUCAGUUGGAUCAGUUCCGACGGCGAUCGGAAGGAAGUGAACCAACUUCAUACGCCAAUACAAGAAGGGUCAGCCUCAACUGUUCUCCAGUUCUGAAAUGUCGGUUUUCCAGAUGCGGCAAAAUCGCCUUGGCCGCUAGUUUGGAAGGAACUGCCUUCAAGAACUGCCACAACUGUUCGUACACUUACUGUUCCAGGCAGUGUCGUCGCGCUCAUUGGGAGAAACAUCGAAAAACCUGUCUGUUCUCGAGAAUCGGCACGCUUUGCAGGCAAGUCAUCGCUAGUAUCAGAGAACAGAAGGAUACUCUGUUGCAUUUAUCGGAAAUGGCUAGGAGAGGUCAUAUAUCUCAUGGUGCUGGAGCUGUUAAAUGCUUCUUUCACAACCCUGAAAGCGCUGAACAGUUUCUGACUACAGGCCUUCAGUAUUUGGGCGAAUUGACGUACAUUCCAUGGCACGAUCUCUUGCCUAAUGAGAUGGGGCCUCAGAUGUAUGCUGAACUGGUCAAAAUGUGCAAGAACUACAACCCCGACACUAAGUUAGUUCUCUACAUUUCCAUAUGUGUGAUCUCAGAGACGCCAAUGACAGGUGCUGUCAAAUGGGAGAGACAACUUGUGUCUCGCUGCGCUAAAAUGAGGCUCUCUAAGGAUAUUCAGAUUACGGAGAAGGUUCCGGACCACCCAGAAACUCUGAUCCUAACCUGUCCUCCUCUGAAAGGCAACGAAAUUAGAAUUCGAGAAAUGAAAGAAAUCUGUAUCAGCAAUUUGGUCACGCACUUACGUCAGAGAGGUGUAUCGUUGAGAAGGCAGCAUCAGGAUAUCUACAAACAGCUCCAAUCUUGGAUGGAGGAAAACUGCACAAAAUUUACUCCUGUGACUGUUUAUCCCAAAGAUGUGAAUACGGGUAGAAGCUUCAUGUGCAUCAUCAUGUUGGAAGCAGACGAAGAGAGUGUGAGGCAGAUUGAACUGGCCGGUGUAAAAGUCAAAACAGUCGAUGUAUUGAAAGAAUAGUUUGACUCUUGAAUAAUACUCGGCUUGUAUUCUCAUUUGGGGCUCCAUAAUCAAAUACCUGAUUGUGCCAAGAAUUUGAGAAGAAAAAAUUGACUAGGUAUAUCAAUAUCAUUCGAAUAUCAUUUUUCUAAGAUAUCAAGCACUUGUUAAUUGAUCAAGAACAUUCCUUUAAAACUAGAUUACCCUCAGGUGAAUUUCAAUGCACAGAAAAGUUUUAAAAUUACACUCACAUUGAAUUUGUGAAUUUGUACAACAAUUUUAUUGAAAUAUGUUUUUUGUACACCUAUUUCAGCGUUUUUAAAUUAAGUAAACUCAAUCAACUAGAUUGAUAUGUUGAAAUGGGUGUGAAACAUAUUCACUGUUGAUACAUUUUAUUAACAAUAUAAGAAACAAAUAAUCAAAUCAUAACUUAAAUUUCUAUUCAUUCCAACAUUUGGAGAGCGUCAGGAAAUCUAUAUUUUUCAACUGAAGUUAUUUAUUUUUACAUGAUUCGGCUAUUUUUGUCGAAAGGGGUCUAUUAUUUGCAGCAUUAUUAUCUGUGUAACUAUUUUGGGAAGAGAAAUAUUGAAUUAUUAUUAUGAGACUGUGAUUUGAAACAUUAAAUCUUGGACGAGAGAAGGAAUUUUCACAUAUAUUUUUUUUAAUUGUUAAUUUAUGAUUUCUUGUGUAAAAGGUGUAUGUUCUGAAAAUGUAUUUAUUUGAUAAUGGCCAAACCACCCUCUCUUAUAAACAGAAGAAAAAAAUCAUACAAAUACCAUUGUUGUAUUGUUAACUAUUCGAAUUAUGAGGAAUAAUGUAUUUUGUUAUUAUAAUUUCGAUAACAUUCCUGAGUUUCACACAAUUAACAUUAGAACCGAGUCAAGUUGAAGUGUGAGUAAUUCCUAGAUUGAAUGCAAACUAUAUAUCAAAAGAUUUUACAAGUAAAUUAUAUUCAUCAGCUUACUGUACUCAUUGUAAAAGCGAAAUUCAAAUUUUAAGAUGUAUCGCCAUAUUCUCGAGAUUAUCGACAUAUGAAUUCUCUUUCUAGUCUCCAAGUUCCUUAUUCUUUUCAUAUAUUGACCCAUCCUGUGAUUUGUAUAGCUUGUUGUAACUAUAAAUUUUAAAUAUGGAUAGAUGUUAUCGAUAAAUAAUACUGCAUCUAUAAGAAGUUUGGCUUAAAUAAGAAGAGAAUUUUAUUCAUUGCUCAUGAUAGAGUACUGACUGAUGAAAUUAUUAGAAUAAUAUAAAAGAUUUUAUGUUAAUGAGGAAUCUGUUACAUUUAGCUGUACUUAGUUGAAGAUGAGAUAUUUUAUGAUUAGUUUAGUUUUUUUAGAUACUUAACACUUGGGUUGAUCGAAAUGCGUGAAGAGUUUAUGAAGCAAUAAAUGCAUCAAAUAAUUUAA